GGGAUGAGAUAAAACCGCGCGACGGCCGCCCACGAGCUAGCUCGUUCGCUCGCCCGCCCGCUUCGCCAUGCCGCUCCCCUCCCUCCUCUCCCUCCUCCCCGCUGUGUCCAUCUCACCUCGAGCUCGAAGACGCCAAGCCAAGCACCACAGGGCCCCCACCGCGAGCCACCUCCUCUGCUCCCGACGAGCAGCGGCCCCAUCACCGCCCCAAGUCCACGCCUCGUCCUAUUCCUCAGCCGACGGCGGCGGAGGCAGAAGUGGAGGCGACGAGCUCCACCUCCUCGAGAAGCCGUCCCCCUCCGUCGCGGAGGAUGCCGAGGAGGAGCCCGAGCCCGUUCCUGUGCUGUCCACGGAGGAAGCGCUCGCGCCUUUCCUCAAGUUCUUCCAGGUGAAGAGCACUGACCCCGACGCGGAAGCAGACGCCGCCGCAGGGGGGCGCGCGGAGAGCGACGCGGCGGAUGAGGCGGCGAGGACCUCUGGAGUGUCCGCCGGCGGGCGUGGGAUCAGGUACUACGACCCCAAGCCAGGGGACUUCGUCGCCGGCGUCGUGGUGCGAAACGACUGUAGGACCCUCGACGUGGAUAUCGGAGCUGGGGGCGAACCGGCGUUGAUGCUGACCAAGGAGGCGGUGCCGGUGCCCGGAGAGGAGUUCGGGUACGUGGCGUGCGACAUCGGGUCAGAGCGUGCGGCUGAGUUCGCCAUCGAAGGGAGAGUGGGCGUCGUGGUCAGGCAGGUCGGCGCGGGAGAGGAGGAUGGGGAAUUGACGAGCGGCAGGAAUGGGAAGGAGAAACGCGCGGCAGUGAUGGGCGUUGGCACGAUCGUGUUCGCUGAAGUCCUCGGUCGAACACUUGGUGGGCGGCCGCUGCUGUCCGUACGCAGGCUGUUCCGGCGCGUCGCGUGGCACAGAGCGAGGCAGAUAAAACAGCUAAAUGUACCCAUCAAGGUCAAAAUUUAUGAGUGGAAUGCUGGUGGCUUGCUGUCUAGAAUCGAGGGCCUUCGGGCAUUCCUCCCUAAGCCUGAGAUGAUGACUAGACCAAGAAAUUUCACAGAUCUAAAGAAUAAAGUUGGUCAAGAAAUGCAUGUCUGCAUUACAAGGAUUGACGAAGCAAAUAACGAAUUGAUAAUUAGUGAAAAAGAAGCAUGGGCGGUGACAUACCUUAGAGAAGGGACGCUCUUGCAAGGGACAGUCCGCAAGUUAUUUGCAUAUGGUGCGCAAAUUAGGAUUGGCGAGACUAACAGAGGUGGCUUACUGCACAUGUCGAACAUAACAAAUGGCCAGCUGAGAUCUGUUGCUGAUGUGCUAAAAGUGGGCGAGACAGUGAAAGCUCUUGUCAUUAAAUCGGCAUCUCCAGAAAGAAUUGCCCUCAGCACAAAGGACCUUGAGAGCGAACCUGGAUUGUUUAUCACUAACAAAGAGAAGGUGUUUUCUGAGGCUGAAGAGAUGGCGCAAAGAUACCGGGAGCAAAUUGCAGAGCCCCCUCGACCGGCUGAGGCAGAAGGCUCCUGCAACGAUGCUGUUCCUUUCGACGACGAGGCCCAAUCCUAUGCUAACUGGAAGUGGUUGAAAUUUUAAGUCAGAUGAAGUAGCAAACCGCAAAUCUAAUUCUGAAUUCUGAUUGCCGUACAGGCGUUGUGUAAAAAUUUUGGUCAAUUCAAUAUUCAAUUUCAUGCUUACAAA